AUGCGACCAAUCUGGUUUUACGACGAUAUCGACCCUCACUUUCAACGGCUAUACCUGCAAGCCGUGUUUCCUCUUACUGUUUGUGCUCUAAGCCUACUUGUUCUUCUUGUCAAAUCGACCACGACCUUUGUCCAAACCAAAACCAAGCAACAGCAUCAACCCCUGGUGGACAUCGAGGAAGAUGAAGAUCUUACUUUACAAAAGACCACUACAGACACCUCCACCUUCGAUGUUGACAAACCAAAGGGCGAGGCUGGUGUGGUCACUUUCGAGCUAGUCAUUCUGGGUUCUCAGCUUGCUGUCAACAUUGCUGCUUUUCUUUACGACCACACCUCGACUGCUCUGAAUUCAAUCACAUACAUUGUCUUGUGGUCGUACUUGAUCCUCUUGGCCAUUCUUCGGCUCUACUCUACAACGACCGGCAAUGUCUACCGCUUCCUCAAGUUAUGGAACCAUUGUGCUGUUAUCUACGGGUUUGAAUGGCUAUGUGAAGUCAUGCUUUUCAGGUCCGCCAUCAUACGUCCAAAGUCGUCACUAUCACGGAACAUCAUCGCCACUCGCUUUGCUUUGACAUGUGUAUUGUCGUUCAUUGUCCUCAUUUCACGGCGCGGCAAUCGAGCUGUCAAGGUCGAGUAUGAGGCUGACAUUGAGCCUUCCAGAGAACCUCUUGCUAGUUUGUUAGGUACUUUGACCUUUGCCUGGAUUGAUAGUAUCAUUUGGCGCGGCUUCAAACGACCUUUGGAAAUGACCGAUGUAUGGAACGUCUCUCCCAAGGAUAAAGCUGAGCAUGUUCUCGAACGCUUUAGGCAGAUCAAAAAGACUCAUAUGCUUGCCGUGCGACUGCUUUUGUUCUUCAAGAAACAGCUUCUUUUACAAGGUCUUUGGUGUGCCAUCUCCAGCAUUGCCAUGUUCAUGCCAACGCUGUUACUGAAAGCCAUCUUGGAGUAUGUGGAAGAUCCUGUAGGUACUUCUACCAACGCUGCUUGGCUUUACGCCGUUCUACUUUUCGUUACUGGACUGGUUCAAGCUCUGGGCGAUGGCCAGUCCUUAUGGAUUGGCCGCAAAAUUUGCAUUCAGAUCAGAGGUGUCAUCAUUGGCGAGGUUUAUUCAAAAGUUCUACGAAGAAAAGCAGCAGCUACUGCUGAAUCUGAGCCCGCAAAGGAAGAUCUGGGCAAGCCGUCGUCAUUGUGGCAGAAGCUACAGUUUUGGAAGACGAAGGAGUCUAAACCAAGUAUGGAUGGCCACGUGGACUCCCAGAAGUCAGUGUCCGUUGCAGCGAGCAAUGGUACAGUUAUCAAUCUGAUGUCCAUUGAUUCGUUCAAGGUCGCCGAAAUUUGCGCUUAUUUGCAUUUUCUGUGGGCUGCUACUCCUGUUCAGCUUGUUAUGGCGAUCGCAUUGCUCUACAAAGUCCUUGGUUACAGCUCCUUCGCUGGUAUCGUUCUGAUGGUACUAGUCUUGCCAUGGAACAUGUGGAUUGCAAAAUCCUUCACUAAAGCACAAAAGGCAAUCAUGGCCGCUACUGACGCCAGGAUUCAUGCCACUAAUGAAGUUCUGCAAAACAUUCGUAUUAUCAAGUACUUUGCCUGGGAGAAGAGAUUCGAAGAGAACGUCAAUGAGAAACGUCAGACAGAAUUGACAGCCUUGUGGCGAAAGUACAUCUUGUGGGCUGCCGCAUAUACCAUAUGGGGUGGUAUUCCCAUUUUGAUAACUUUCACCUCCUUCUUGAUCUUUACAAAGGUUGAGAAGCGUCCACUUGUGCCGUCCAUUGCUUUCCCAGCACUCUCAAUGUUCUCGCUGUUGCGAAUUCCUCUCGACCAGCUUGCCGACAUGGUCGCGCAUGUGCAAGAGUCAAAAGUUUCCGUCGACCGUGUUGAAGAGUUCUUACGUGAAGAGGAGACGGAGAAAUACCUACAGCUCAAGCACAGUAGGCAGGCAUCGCCCCAUGAAACUAGGAUUGCUUUGAAGCACGCCACGUUGACCUGGGGUUCCUCGGCCGAAACGUCCAAGAGCACAGGCACUCCUUUUCGGUUGAUCGACAUGGACAUCGAUUUCAUCGUUGGCAAAUUGAAUGUCAUUGCGGGCCCUACUGGCUCAGGCAAAACUUCUCUGCUGAUGGCGUUGCUCGGCGAAAUGCAACUCCUUGAUGGUCUUGUACAUAUCCCCGGAGGAUGUAGUAGACAACACCUGCGACCAGAUUCAACAACCGGUCUGACAGAAAGUGUGGCAUACUGCGCUCAGCAAGCUUGGCUAGUUAAUGCAACCAUUAAAGAGAAUAUUCUGUUCGCAUCUCCAUUCGAUGCUCGUCGCUACAAAGCUGUUAUUGAUGCGUGCGCACUUAAGCGCGAUCUGGAGAUUCUUGAUGCUGGCGACCAAACUCUGGUUGGCGAAAAGGGAAUUACGUUAUCUGGAGGGCAAAAGCAACGGAUCUCCCUGGCUCGAGCACUUUACAGCAAUUCCAAGCACAUUCUGCUUGACGAUUGUCUGAGUGCUGUUGAUUCGCACACUGCUAAGCACAUCUUCGAUGAAGCACUGAUGGGCAAGAUGAUGACUCACCGGACCUGCAUAUUGGUUUCACAUAACGUUGCCUUGGCAGUACCACAGGCAAGUCACGUUGUGGUUCUGAACAACGGAAAGAUUCUCUGUCAAGGGUCCCCAGCAAGUGUCGCAGAAAGUGGUCAUCUUGGUGAUGAACUGGCCAGGUCGGUUCCAGCAUCACGCAUUGCCUCUGCAGUGCCAUCUAGAACGCCGUCUCCUGGAGUUCAAGAGCAUGGCAUCGUUAAUGACGUUUCAGAUGGACCCACUGCUACAGGAGAGCUGGAUGUAGCAGAAGAGAGUGGAUUCAAAGCCGACCGCAAGUUCGUGGACACAAGAAUCGAAGCGAAGGCUACCGGAAGUGUUGGGUGGCGCACGAUCAAGAUGUACCUGCAAGCCAUGGGGCCAUGGUACUAUUGGGUCUUCGCCGCUUCUGGCUUUGUUGCCGUCCAGGUUGGUUCGGUCGCUACCAAUGUCUGGAUCCGUCAAUGGGCUAAUGCAUAUCAUACCUCAAGUCAGAGCAAUCAUGUGGCCUUGAGUGUAUUGCAAAGUCGAUAUGCUCAUUCAGCUGUGCCUGCUGGUAGUCUGGUCUUGCAAGGCUUGCCUGCAACAUACAUUACCAGCCGGACGGAUCUCCAAGCACAUGAAAACGUGGAUUCGACAUAUUAUCUUGGUGUAUAUGCUCUAAUUGGAACAGCUUACAUUAUUAUCUGCCUUUCACGCGAAUUGUUGCUCUUCAAGGGCUCAUUGCAAGCCUCUCGAGUGCUUCAUCAACAAUUGCUCGGGAAAAUACUCCGGGCAACGUUUCGAUUUUUCGACUCGACACCGCUGGGCCAGCUCACGAACCGGUUUUCCAAGGAUUUACAGUCAAUCGACCAAGAAGUGGCGCCAGUCGCGAUCGGACUGUUGCACAGUGCCGCAUCCGUUGUGACGAUUGUUGUUUUGAUAACGACCAUCACACCAGGCUUCCUCAUUCCUGGUGUUUUUAUCGCGCUAAUAUAUAUCCUGACUGGGAUGUUCUACAUUAAGGCUUCCAGAGAUCUCAAACGACUUGAAUCUGUCCAACGAAGUCCUCUGUUCCAGCACUUUGGAGAAACAUUAUCGGGUGUGGUAACCAUUAGAGCUUACGGCGAUGAAGCACGAUUCGUCAAUGACAGUCAUCACAAGGUCAAUACUCACAAUCGACCAUUUAUCUAUUUGUGGGCAACCAACAGAUGGCUUGCAUUCAGGGUAGACUGUGCAGGAGCUCUGGUAGCGUUCUUCUCUGCUAUGUUCGUGGUACAGAACGUAGGCAGUAUCGAUGCUGGUGCUGCUGGCCUGUCGCUCUCAUAUGCCAUCACUUUCACACAGAAUGUCUUAUGGCUGGUACGGCUAUACGCAGCCAACGAACAGAACAUGAACGCUGUGGAACGAGUGCAAGAAUAUAUUGUCGUUGAACAAGAAGCCAGUGCACAAAUACCGGAGACAAAACCAGCGGCCAAUUGGCCAAGUCAGGGGGCAGUGCAUUUCAUCGACUAUUCGACAAGAUAUCGAAAGGACCUGGAACCAGUCUUGCGUGGUGUCACAUUCAAGAUUGCUGCAGCCGAAAAAGUCGGUAUAGUGGGUAGAACGGGAGCUGGCAAGAGUUCGCUAGCAUUGGCACUCUUCAGAGGUCUCGAGGCACAAGGGGGUAAAAUCUUGAUUGACGAUGUUGACAUUGGACUGAUUGGUCUACAAGACCUUCGCGAGGCAAUUACCAUAGUGCCACAAGACCCUACGCUCUUCACGGGCACGUUGAGGAGCAAUCUGGAUCCAUUUGGUCUCUUCACCGAUGAAGAGAUAUUCACGGCAUUGAGACGUGUCCAACUUAUCACCAGUGCCUCUCGUAAUGUGUCUGAGAGCUCGCCAUCGUUGCCGAGCAAUGCUUCGACGCUUAAUGGUACCGAGAGCCUCCACGAAAACGAAGGGACUAAUCGUUCCGCCAACGGUACAUUGUCGUCAGAAACACCUACACUUGUCAAAUUUGCCAGCAACACCAAGGAAAACCAGAACAUAUUUUACGAUUUGAGCACGGCGAUUGCAGAAUCAGGCUCUAAUCUAUCACAGGGUCAAAGGCAGCUACUAUGCUUGGCUCGCGCCUUGCUGAAAUCACCGAAAGUGCUGGUGAUGGACGAAGCAACUGCAUCAAUCGAUUAUGCAACCGACUCGAAGAUUCAGGACACGCUCCGGGAGCUGAAGGAAAACACGAUCGUUACUAUCGCUCAUAGACUACAAACCAUUAUUGACUACGACAAAGUGCUUGUCCUUGAUAAGGGUGAAGUGGUAGAAUAUGCACAUCCUUGGGAACUGGUUCAGAAGGAAGAGGGUAUCUUUCGAGUCUUCCUGCGCAAUGGGCCACAGAUCCGCCUUCCUCAAACCGACAUCAUUGACUUCAGGUUCUACUCUGCCAACUAUAUCUUUCUCGUCUUCAUCCCACAACAGUUCGGUGCUCGCCAUCCGUUCCGCACGAUACCUCGGACCAGAAUCAUGACCUCAACCACUAAGUACCAGCCAGCGCCUCAGCGCGACUCACUCGACGAGCCAUCCUACUCGCAGGCACCACCUACAUACCAGGCUGCAGGACCCAGUAGCGCAGAGGGCGGUUAUGGUGCUACACGGCGAUCUGAGGAUGACAACAUUCCUGACGACUUCAAGUUUGGCACCUCAGUCUCAGAAUGCGAUAUUACCAUUCGUCAGCAAUUCGUUCGCAAGGUCUACACGAUCCUUACGUGUCAGAUUGUCCUCACCACCGCACUUUCAUCCGUCUCUUUCUUCUCCGAUAGCUACCGCAAUUGGAUCCAGUCCAACAGCUGGAUGAUGUGGAUUUCGCUGUUUGGCGCCAUCGGUUUUAUGCUCUUGACCUACUGGAAGAGAAAGAGUUAUCCUACGAACCUAGUGUUCCUUACAGGCUUCACUGCACUCGAAGCAUACAGUAUUUCGGUCAUAACCAGUUUCUAUGAGAGCCGAAUUGUCCUACAAGCCUUGGUCAUCACGGCCGCAAUCUUCGUUUUCCUCAGCCUGUUUGCGUGCCAGACCAAGUACGACUUUACCGCAUGGCAGCCAUACCUGUUCGGUGCACUCUGGGUGCUGAUCAUCUUUGGUUUCAUGGCAGCUUUCUUCCCAGGUGGACGCACGAUCGAGCUGGUAUAUGGUGUGGUGGCAGCACUGAUUUUUAGCGGAUACAUUCUGGUUGAUACGCAGAUGGUGAUGAGCCAUUUCCAUCCAGAGGAGGAGAUUGCAGCCAGCAUUUCACUUUACCUGGACAUUCUCAACCUGUUUUUGGCUAUUCUCAGAAUCCUCAACAGCCAGAACAGAAACUGA